UAGUCCGCUCGGCUCUUGCCGGAGUUGCUGUGGCUGCGGGCGCGAUGUGGCACGUCCUGGUUGCCGGAUCGCUCUUCUUCCCUGGGCUCUACGUCCUGUGCAGCCGCUGCGCUCGCCGGGCCCGCCCGGAAUGGACCGAGGCGGAGUGCUCGCUCAUCAGCGCCAGGAUAGUCUCCUCAAUACAAGGCAUCUUAGCUGCUUCAUCUGGGUUUAUUAUAAUCACAUCUUGUAAGGAUGUGAAGUUCGAAAGGCACUGGCUUGCCACAUGGUACAUAUGGUUCAUUAUCCCAUAUAUGGUAUAUGACACAUAUGUCAUGUAUGUGCGGCACUGGUACAAAUGUCGGGAGCAGCGGAUCUUAAAUGGGAAAGAACACUUUUCUAGAGCAAUGAACAGUUUUAUACAGAAGGAUUUUCUCAUGCUGGUCCAUCAUACUGUGAUUCUUACUAUUCUUGUGCCUAUCGGGCUGUUUUUAAGACAAGAUAAAGGAGAUUUCUUUGUGGGUUGCCUGUUUAUAGCAGAAAUGAGUACUCCAUUUGUGUCGCUUGGUAAAGUUCUAAUACAGCUGAAUUUGCAAAACUCCCUCUUGCAUAAAGUGAACGGUGCAUUUGUGCUCCUCACCUUCUUCAUGUGCCGCAUCCUCCUUUUCCCAUUCAUGUACAGCGCUUAUGGAAAGCAGUACGGGAUCCCGCUCUACAAAGUGCCUUUAAACAUCCCCGUGCACUGCAAUGUUAUUAAUGCCACUAUGCUGGCGCCACAGAUAUACUGGUUCUGGCUCAUAUGCAGGAAAGCCUUAAGACUUUAUACAAAUUCUCCACUGAGAAAAGACAGAUAACGCUCCUUGUUUUGGGAGAUGAAACUCUUGGGUUGUGGAACACGGGCCUAGCACAUCCGUUUGGGUUGACAAUUCCUACUUACAGGAGACUGGGUCUAGUAAAAGUAACAGCGAGAGGACUAGUGGAGUGAAUAUAAUAGUAUACAUCUACCAGCAUCAUAAAUAUAUAUUUUUUAAUACAUUUGCUCCAGAGUAACGUUUUAGAGAUACAUUAUGUGUUUUGUAUUUACAAAUUUCCUGAAUUUAUCUAUUAGUUUUGUAAUACACGUUUCAUAAGAAACAGGAUUCCACUUAAAGGAAAGCCAUAUCCCACCAGUCAUGUGCUUGGUGUCCAUCUAGAUU